AUGGCAUUCCCUUCGGGUAGCGCCAAGGCUGAAUACCAGCAUUUCGUUCCACAAUUCCUGCUCAGAAACUUCUCGAGCAAAUACAAGCAACCAAAGAACAGCUCGGGGCGAAAGCCGAAGCAGGGCCAUGGAGAAGCUCGGAGGAUUUACCACGGGGAGCCGAUCGUGAGCCAUGUGAACCUCACAGCCGACGAACUGGCCGUAGAGGUCAUCCCGGUCAGGCGCGUCAUGGGAAUGUACAAUAUGUACGAAGACCUGGGACAAGCGACAGCCAAGCAAAGACGCCACAUUGAAGACAUGUUCGGAGGCCUGGAGAAGGAAGCGAGUCCUAUAUUUCGCAAAAUCAUCGAAGCGGUCGAACAAGGAGACGUUGGACUCUGGCUAUCGCGAGAAGAUAGGAAUAUCUUGCGCAGGUUUUUAUUCCUGCUAAUGUACCGCAGCUCCCAGUCCCAUCGAAGAUUCCACCACGCUACACCUGACGAAUACAAUUCGGAUGAUGAGAUUGAGUUGUACCAGUACAUGCUCGACCGAGGAUUCGACGGACCUAUGGAUGUGUGGUUUGAUAACCUCAAAGCCAUUGCGGAAUGCAACAUGGAUUCCGACGGUCAGUGGAUGGAAGAUAUCCAGGCGAGGAUGUAUCCACCGGACGCCAGGUGGUUCUGCCAUCACACCCAACAGUCAUACAUGGCUUUCUGCUCUCCAUCCGAUGCAGAUGCGGAAUUCAUACUGGCUGAGAAUAGCUACAGCGUGUACGAACGGAUCGACUCCUUCCUCGUCGACCCAACGACUGGAGCACAGACGGGUGGCCCCUGGGUAAACUUCCACUACUUCGCACCGAUCUCGCCGAAGGUUGUGAUUGUACUCAGGAGCAACCUCCUCCCUGUGCCAGAGGAGGACUUCGAUGAUGAGAUCCGAGAAGAGAGAAACCAGUGGCGAUCAGCUGCUGUUGAUCAAUGGUUCGGAGCUGGUCGUCAAUCUGGGCUUGCUGAUCUUCCCAUUGCCAAGGCGCGAAACAACUACACUGAAUUGAUUGAUGGGCAACUCAGAAAGCUCCAGCCGAACGCACCCAUGUCCGGUGGAGACGGGUUUUUCUUCAAGUUCUUCCGAAUUAACAACGAUCACGUCACUAUCAGCCAAAUCGCUAAAGGAGAGAUUCUGAGUCGUCACAUAUAUAACACCGCCAUGAACAGCAUUGAGAAGGAUGAAAUGCCGGGUCUCAACACCUGGGAGGCUGUCAAGGCAAGGGACUCCGAGCGUCGAGUAUGGAUGAACAAGUUUGUGUCUAGAUCUGAGCCAAUUUUCCGAUGUGGUCUUCCUGGAGUCAAAGAAUUGGCGGCAAAGGAGCUGGCUUGGGUCUUCCAACACGGUGUCUGCCGCGAAGCCGAAGCUCGCAGGCAUAUCUUCGACUACCCGAUGAUGGUGGAGCUCUCGGUGAGAAUGAGAUUGCGAGCGAGAUUUGCGAAGGGUGCUAUGCAAGGAUUGGAGGCGCUGUCGGGAUCUGCCCUGCAGGUUUGGUUUGACAUCACUUACCCGACGCCUCCAGUACUUGCGGCCCAGUAG